UGCUUACUAUGUGCUAUUUGAACCGCCGCCAUUAACUGGAGCAUCUAACCCCACAAUCUCCAUGAGUUCAUCGCCGUUAUCAGCAGGAGCAGCCUGUCUCAGUUUUUACUACACUAUCCCUGCUUCUUUGGCAACACUUCACGUGAAUACAACUACUGAGGACAAUGUUCCGAUUGAACUGUGGAGCGUAACUAGUCGCUCUGUUAGGACCUGGACAUUUGAGAGGCUGUUUUUGGACAACGGAUCAUCAGCGGUUGAAUUUGCUGUUAAAUCGGCAAAGAAUGCUAUUGUUGCCGUUGAUAAUAUAACUAUAGAGAAGUUCACAUGCCCUCCGGGUUAUCAAGUCGUCUCCAAUGAAAUUCCAGCAUAUUGUAGAAGUAAUGGAUCAGCAAAACCUACUUGUGAACCUAUCGAUUGUGGACGUCCAACCUCACCUCACCAUGGACAUGUGUCACAAACCGCAACUGCAUACGGAUCAACUGCUACAAUAUCGUGUGAGACGGGAUACAAUCUUACAGGAAGUGGAAUAUCAACAUGUGGUGGCGAUGGGCGCUGGAACAGCACUGGUCAGAUAUGUACUCCUGUUGAUUGUGGUCGUCCAAACUCGCCUCAACAUGGACAUGUGUCACAAACAGCCACUAUAUACGGAUCAACUGCUUCAAUAUCGUGUGAGACGGGAUACAAUCUUACAGGAAGUGGAAUAGCCACAUGUGGUAGCGAUGGGCGCUGGAACAGCACGAGUCAGACAUGUACUCCUGUUGAUUGUGGUCGUCCAACCUCGCCUCAACAUGGACAUGUGUCACAAACCGCCACUACAUACGGAUCAACUGCUACAAUAUCGUGUGAGACGGGAUACAAUCUUACAGGAAGUGGAACAUCCACAUGUGGUAGCGAUGGGCGCUGGAACAACACGAGUCAGACAUGUACACCUGUUGAUUGUGGUCGUCCAACCUCGCCUCAACACGGGCAUGUGUCACACAUCGUCACAACAUACGGAUCAACUACUACAAUAUCGUGUGAGACGGGAUACAAUCUUAGAGGAAGUGGAAUAUCCACAUGUGGCAGCGAUGGGCGCUGGAACAGCACGGGUCAGACGUGUACUCCUGUUGAUUGUGGUCGUCUAACGUUGCCUCAACAUGGACAUGUGUCACAAACCGCCACUACAUACGGAUCAACUGCUACAAUAUCGUGUGAGACGGGAUACAAUCUUACAGGAAGUGGAACAUCCACAUGUGGUAGCGAUGGGCGCUGGAACAACACGAGUCAGACGUGUACUCCUGUUGAUUGUGGACGUCCAACCUCGCCUAACCAUGGACAUGUGUCACAAACCGCAACUACAUACGGAUCAACUGCUACAAUAUCGUGUGAGACGGGAUAUAAUCUUACAGGAAGUGGAAUAUCAACAUGUGGUAGCGAUGGGCGCUGGAACAGCACUGGUCAGAUAUGUACUCCUGUUGAUUGUGGUCGUCCAAACUCGCCUCAACAUGGACAUGUGUCACAAACAGCCACUACAUACGGAUCAACUGCCUCAAUAUCGUGUGAGACGGGAUACAAUCUUACAGGAAGAGGAAUAGCCACAUGUGGUAGCGAUGGGCGCUGGAACAGCACGGGUCAGACGUGUUCUCCUGUUGAUUGUGGACGUCCAACGGCGCCUCAACAUGGACAUGUGUCACAAACCGCCACUACAUUGGAAUCAACUGCUACAAUAUCGUGUGAGACGGGAUACAAUCUUACAGGAAGUGGAAUAUCCACAUGUGGUAGCAAUGGGCGCUGGAACAACACGAGUCAGACAUGUAUUCCUGUUGAUUGUGGACGUCCAACGGCGCCUCAACAUGGACAUGUGUCACAAACCGCCACUACAUACGGAUCAACUGCUACAAUAUCGUGUGAGACGGGAUACAAUCUUACAGGAAGUGGAACAUCCACUUGUGGUAGCGAUAGGCGCUGGAACAGCACGGGUCAGACGUGUACUCCUGUUGAUUGUGGUCGUCUAACGAUGCCGCAACAUGGACAUGUGUCACAAACCGCCACUAUAUACGGAUCAACUGCUACAAUAUCGUGUGAGACGGGAUACAAUCUUACGGGAAGUGGAAUAUCAACAUGUGGUAGCGAUGGGCGCUGGAACAACACGAGUCAGACGUGUACUCCUGUUGAUUGUGGACGUCCAACCUCGCCUCAACAUGGACAUGUGUCACAAACCGCCACUUCAUACGGAUCAACUGCUACACUGUCGUGUGAGACGGGAUACAAUCUUACAGGAAGUGGAACAUCCACAUGUGGUAGCGAUGGGCGCUGGAACAGCACGGAUCAGACGUGUACUCCUGUUGAUUGUGGACGUCCAACGGCGACUCAACAUGGACAUGUGUCACAAACCGCCACUACAUUGGGAUCAACUGCUACAAUAUCGUGUGAGACGGGAUACAAUCUUUCAGGAAGUGGAAUAUCCACAUGUGGCAGCAAUGGGCGCUGGAACAACACCAGUCAGACAUGUAUUCCUGUUGAUUGUGGACGUCCAACGGCGCCUCAACAUGGACAUGUGUCACAAACCGCCACAACAUACGGAUCAACUGCUACAAUAUCGUGUGAGACGGGAUACAAUCUUACAGGAAGUGGAACAUCCACAUGUGGUAGCGAUAGGCGCUGGAACAGCACGGGUCAGACGUGUACUCCUGUUGAUUGUGGUCGUCUAACGAUGCCGCAACAUGGACAUGUGUCACAAACCGCCACUACAUACGGAUCAACUGCUGCAAUAUCGUGUGAGACGGGAUACAAUCUUACAGGAAGUCGAACAUCCACAUGUGGUAGCGAUAGGCGCUGGAACAGCACGGGCCAAACAUGUACUCCUGUUGAUUGUGGACGUCCAACCUCGCCUCAACAUGGACAUGUGUCACAAACCGCCACUUCAUACGGAUCAACUGCUACAAUGUCGUGUGAGACGGGAUACAAUCUUACAGGAAGUGGAACAUCCACAUGUGGUAGCGAUGGGCGCUGGAACAGCACGGGUCAGACGUGUACUCCUGUUGAUUGUGGACGUCCAACGGCGACUCAACAUGGACAUGUGUCACAAACCGCCACUACAUUGGGAUCAAUUGCUACAAUAUCGUGUGAGGCGGGAUACAAUCUUACAGGAAGUGGAAUAUCCACAUGUGGUAGCGAUGGGCGCUGGAACAACACGAGUCAGACAUGUACUCCUGUUGAUUGUGGACGUCCAACGGCGCCUCAACAUGGACAUGUGUCGCAAACCGCCACUACAUACGGAUCAACUGCUACAAUAUCGUGUGAGACGGGAUACAAUCUUACAGGAAGUGGAACAUCCACAUGUGGUAGCGAUGGGCGCUGGAAAAACACGAGUCAUACAUGUACUCCUGUUGAUUGUGGUCGACUAACGGUGCCGCAACAUGGACAUGUGUCACAAAACGCCACUUCAUACGGAUCAACUGCUACAAUAUCGUGUGAGACGGGAUACAAUCUAACAGGAAGUGGAACAUCCACAUGUGGUAGCGAUGGGCGCUGGAACAACACGAGUCAGACGUGUACUCCUGUUGAUUGUGGUCGUCCAACCACGACUCAACAUGGACAUGUGUCACCAAGCACCACUACAUACGGAUCAACUGCUACAAUAUCGUGUGACACGGGAUACAAUCUUACAGGAAGUGGAAUAGCCACAUGUGGCAGCGAUGGGCGCUGGAACAGCACGGGUCAAACGUGUACUCCUGUUGAUUGUGGACGUCUAACGGCACCUCAACAUGGACAUGUGUCACAAAUCGCCACUAUAUACGGAUCAACUGCUACAAUAUCGUGUGAGACUGGAUACAAUCUUACAGGAAGUGGAAUAUCCACAUGUGGUAGCGAUGGGCGCUGGAACAGCACGAGUCAUACAUGUACUCCUGUUGAUUGUGGACGUCUACCGGCGCCUCAACAUGUACAUGUGUCACAUUCCGCAACUUCAUAUGGAUCAACUGCUACAAUAUCGUGUGAGGCGGGAUACAAUCUUACAGGAAGUGGAAUAUCCACAUGUGGUAGCGAUGGGCGCUGGAACAACACGAAUCAGACAUGUACUCCUGUUGAUUGUGGACGUCCAACCUCGCCUCAACAUGGACAUGUGUCACAAACCGCCAAUACAUACGGAUCAACUGCUACAAUAUCGUGUGAGACGGGAUACAACCUUACAGGAAGUGGAAUAUCCACAUGUGGCAGCGAUGGGCGCUGGAACAGCACUGGUCAGAUAUGUACUCCUGUUGCUACGACACCAAUAUCAACACGGUCUACCGUGACGUCGACUACGACGGAUUUGUCGUCGACGCCGUCUGUUACUAAUUUACCGACGAGUAUUUCUUCAAAAGCUUCUUCUUCUACAAGCACGGUGCGCAUUCCCCGUUCAACUGUCCCUACUGAUAAGAUACCAGAUGAUAUUUCAAAAACUUUUUCAAAGACAACACCAUUAACAACAGGCGCCGUUUCGAUUCCGUCACCAAAACCUUCAAAGCCGUCAACUUCAAUAACAGAGUAUCUAUCAAACCCCAUGACUUCUUCGCCUUUGCCUAUCUCUAACAUAUAUACUUCAAGACCAGAUAAUGAACAUACUACUUCGCUACCUUUACCAACCACGCAUUCAACUACCGCCCAGGAAACAAUUAUUUCAUUAACACCCAAGCGGUCUUCUACACAGUCAUCUUCUAGAACUUCCAUUAUGGAAAUUACUACAGCUUCGUCGAUGACAAAUGGAACUUCUACAUCUGUUUCAACGACACAAAUAUCGUCAACCAAUAUCACUACCGUGAAACAUGUUAUAACAACUCUUAAAAGCACAUUGAUAUCAAAGCUCAUUUUGUCUACCACGGGUGUCGUAUCAACUGCGGGAGUGCCGCUGACGGUAAAAAUAAAUUCAACGUUAGCACCAACAACAGUCUAUUGCGGACGUCCAACUGCGCCUCAACAUGGACAUGUGUCACAAACCGCCACUAUAUACGGAUCAACUGCUACAGUUUCGUGUGAGACGGGAUACAAUCUUACAGGAAGUGGAAUAUCGACAUGUGGUAGCGAUGGGCGCUGGACCAACACGAGUCAGACAUGUACUCCUGUUGAUUGUGGACGCCCAACCUCGCCUCAACAUGGACAGGUGUCACAAACCACCACUACAUACAGAUCAACUGCUACAAUAUCGUGUGAGACGGGAUACAAUCUUACAGGAAGUGGAAAAUCCACAUGUGGUAGCGAUGGGCGCUGGAACAAUACGAGUCAGACAUGUACUCCUGUUGAUUGUGGACGUCUUAUGGCGCCUCAACAUGGACAAGUGUCACAAACCGCAACUUCAUACGGAUCAACUGCUACAGUAUCGUGUGAGGCGGGAUACAAUAUUACAGGAAGUGGAUUAUCAACAUGUCGUAGCGAUGGGCGCUGGAACAAUACGAGUCAGACAUGUACUCCUGUUGAUUGUGGACGUCUACCGGUGCCUCAACAUGGACAUGUGUCACCAACUGCCACAUCAUAUGGAUCAACUGCUACAAUAUCGUGUGAUAAUGGAUUCAAACUUAUAGGAAGUGGAAUAUCCACAUGUGGCAGCGAUGGGCGCUGGAACAGCACGGGCCAAACAUGUACUCCUGUUGAUUGUGGACCAUUGAGCGACAUCGCAAAUGCUCAGACGUAUCUGGAAAAGCAAACUUUUGGAUCAUUGGCAAAUGUAAGCUGCGAUAAGGGAUAUAUUAUGGUAGGAGAUAAUACAUCUGUUUGUCUCAGCAAUGGAAGUUGGUCUAAGACGUAUGGAAUAUGUACACCAGUCGAUUGCGGGCCUAUAAGUAAAGGUCGUCAGCAAGAAAUAACAUACACUGGCAACAGGACUACGUUUGGUGCGCAGGCUAUUAUGGUAUGCGACGUCGGAUAUUAUAUUUUCAACACCACAGGUGACAAAAGCGAAGCCAUAAAAUGUCUCGCUAAAGGACAAACUGGGUAUUGGGAGAAGAAGCAAUUUGCCGAUUGUGUAGCUAUUUUUUGUGAAGGGUUUAACGUCAGUGAAGGAGUCACGAUUACCUCCGGCUAUAAAUUACCGAAUGUCCAAAAUACAACUGUUUCCUUUGCUUGUUCCGAAAAAUAUAUAUUAUCCGGAUUUAAGAGUAUAACUUGUUUAUCUAAUGGUGAAUGGAGCGGAAGGCCACCAAUUUGUGUGAAAGUUGAAAAACAAGUGCAGAACUGUUCUGCAAAUACUGACCUAGCAGAUCGACACUGGCCACAAACGUCACCAGGAAUCAUUCAAGUUAUUGAUUGUCAUGAAAAGGGAGCCGUGGGUGUAAUCAGAAGAAAAUGUUCAAUUGGCGGCGAAUGGCUUCCACCUGUUGAUGGAUGUGUUCGUAAGGAGAUUGAGAAGAUUUCUGCCCAGGUUGAUGCAAUAAAAGCUAGUCCCACGGAAGAAAGUUUGUCUGAAAGUCUCGAUCAACUUUCGGCCAUUACAAAUGUAUCAUUAACAUCGGAACUUGGUAAUCAGAGAAGCUCUUCGACAAGUAGUGGGGAACUACAGAAGGUCACAGAUAUUCUCAGCACCAUUGUUACUGCUAGUGAGAAUAUUACUAAAGUCACUAACGACCAAGUACAGAAAUUCCUAGACACCACAAGCAACUUACUUGACAUGCGCAAUACUUUGUCGUGGAAGAGCAUAGAAGACAAUAAUGACAAUAAGGGGAACGAGAAAGAGAAAACAGGAGCGGCAGAAGUGCUACAAGUUGUGGGACGUUACAUUGAAGUGAUAUCGAAGUCAAUGAACGCGUCUAAUGACGUAUCGAAAACUGUCAAGGCAGCUAAUAUCGUUCUGCACGUGAGUCGUCUUGACACAAAUACAUCCGACAUUCGAUUUCCUAAGGAACAUGAACAUGAAGACAUUAAGAGUUCUAUACUAUUGCCCAAGUCAUCGCUCUCACAAUCUUCUACCUUUUCAACAGUGGUGUACAAGAAUCUGUCAGGCAUUUUGUCUUCUAACAAUGUCGGCAAUGAAAGUAACACUCAAUCAUUCAUUUCAUCAGAGGUAGUCGCAGUCACAAUGGACAACUGGGAAACUAAUCUAGACUUCAGUAUAACGUUAACGCUUGGCUAUGUUCAGAACAAACCUGGCCGACCUAAUUGCAAUUUUUGGAACACGUCAAGCUUCGCAUGGGAUACAUUCGGAUGCAGUCUCAGUAAUUCGACAACUUUUUCUUCCACCUGCACUUGCAACCAUCUCACAAACUUUGCGAUUCUUAUUAGUCCUUGGGUAGAGAAAAACGUAAACACAUUUGUACUCAAUUUGAUUUCCAUAAUUGGCUGCAGUGUGUCGAUGCUUGGGCUUAUAAUCACUGUUGUCCUUCACACGGCCCUAUGGAGAUACAUGAGAUCCGAUCGUAUAAUAUUACUAUUAAAUUUGUCAUGUGCGUUGAUUAUGUCAUACGCUAUAUUUCUUGGAGGAGUGGAUCGAACAGAGAAUAAGAUAGUGUGCACAACAAUAGCGGCUUUACUGCAAUACGUAUAUUUAGUUGUAUUUUUUCUGAUGCUGGCCGAGGGAAUCGAAAUAGCUGUAACCGUGCUUUAUGUCUUUGUCACUAAGUCCAGAUUAAAAUGGAUGCUUCCCUGUGCGUGGGGUUGUCCAGCCGUUAUUGUUGGUGUCUCCAUGGGAGUAACACAGAUGGAAGGCUAUGGAAACAAAGAAUUCUGUUGGAUAUCCUUACAAGGGGGACUCAUUUGGUCUUUCGUCGGCCCAGCUGCAAUCAUUAUCAUAGUAAAUUUGAUACUCCUGGUCCUUGUAAUAAGAACAAUGUUUCAGGCAAAAACAAUAUCUGAAAGGUCUACGAAGGGAAAGACUGAAGCCGGUGUUCGGUGCCUGUGCGUGCUGCUUCCGCUGAUGGGCAGCACGUGGGUGAUUGGUCUGCUCUACGUUAACGAACGCAUGGCCUGGGUACAGUACGUGUUUGCCGUGUGCAAUAGCCUACAAGGCUUGAUGAUAUUUAUUUGCCAUUGCUUGCUCAAUCCCCAGCUUAGAGCGGCAUUGAAAAGACGAGCGAAGAAACAGUCUUCCUCAUAUUUUUCGACGAAUAGUACGUCAGCCGUGCCGAGGAAUUCAAAACCCCAGUCAAUUGACCUUACUGAUGCUGAGCGAAGAAAAGAUGUGGAAGGCAUGGAACAGAACGAUGGGAUCGGUAUGUCGACGACAAAUUUAGGAUGAAUUUUGGGAAAAUUCACGUAAAACAGAAUUCAUUUGUUGGACGUAAUUCUGUUUACACUUGGCCGUUUACAAGUACACCUAAAAUUGGAAGCAUCACCAUGCGCAAUGUGCGUUAACGAGAAGUAAAAUCGGUAUUUUCAAGCACAUUGCACGAUACGGAUUUAUCAAAUAGAUAACAAAUUGAGACGAGAUUCAACAGCUGUCUCGCACUUGAAAAUUAUCACUACCAAAUUCUGAAACGGAAAAACAAAUGAGCUAACAUGCAACAAAAUAAGAAGAAGGCGCUAAAACUAAAAGAGCAGGAAUUAUAAAAAAAAAAUAUUCCAUUUCCAGACCUUGGCACAAGAUAACAGAAAAAAAAAUAUAAUGAUAUAAUGCUUCUUUGUGAAAACAUCUUACUCUAAGACCUUAUUCGUAUAUUCCUUAUACAAAUUUCAUACCAAAUGUUGUUUUCACAUGUUUUAAUAAAACGUAAACACUUUG